GGCAGACUGACACAGAGGGCGGAGGUGUCGCUGAACAGUCAAGAUGGCGAUAGCAAAGUUCACUAACCUUUUGACAUUCGUUUGCUUUAUAUACUGGACAGCUCCUCCGGUUGCUGGCUUCGCUAAUGGACCCCACCCUAGCACCUGCCUCACGAUGUUCCCUAAGCAUGGUCAAGACUUGACAUGGCAAGCUUCAGGAACGUGUCCCUUCAAGAUCAAACUGUCCAGCGAUACUUAUAGACCUUUGCAAAACAUCACUGUUACACUUGAGUCCGAUGACAGUCAAGUGUUUCGUGGAAUCCAGAUCAGUGCUCACAGAAAGUCCCUUAACAAGGAGGAAUUCCAGGGAACGUUCUUGUCCUAUACACCAGAAGCCAAACUCCAGUCUUUCAACUGUAUGGGUGCACGCCACAGCCAGAUAGCCCACAAGAACAACGACACCGUGACUAAAGUUGUGUUAGUGUGGCAGGCACCGGGUGUCAACGUCGGGGACAUUGUCUUCAAAGCAACGUUCGUUCAAAACUUCACCACGUUUUGGGCUUGGGAGACCAAAGAUCUGCGAACCCUGGACGAAUCUUCAGUGGUGCUACCCUCUCGGAUGCUGGAAGAUCCAAAGCAAGAAAUGGAUGACAUCGACUUUUCACGGUGUGGGUCAGACAAGGGAUGUUUCUUCUACCCCAGACUUUGUAGUGGCACCGACUGUAAUGCCGCUGUAACUUAUCAAAGGAAUGGUGACUCAUACACAUUCGAGAUGAUGGCGAAAUCUUCUGGUUACGUCAGCCUUGGAUUUUCGAGUGACACCAUUAUGGGGGAUGAUGUCACGGUAACGUGCACCGCUCGAGACAACAGUGUGACAGUUCAGAACGGCUAUAACCCAGCCUACUACAAUGAGAGACUUAUGUCGUACGACCUGACUGACCUCAGCGUUAAGAAGACCACCACCACUGUGAUGUGCAGAUUUACAAGACCACGUGUUCUAAGUUUACAACGAACGAAUCCCCUCACUGACCCUCCUCAAGUGAACACUCUCAACUUCGACAUGGAGACACAGUCGUAUAUAACGUUGGCCUGGGGCCACCUUCCUGUGGGGACUGACGUCGUGGGGAAACACAAGGAAAGUCCUACAAUGUCCGACGCCAUGGUCGACUUCCAAUCCUAUCGUAUCUACAAGUUAUCUUCCUUGGCUAAAGAGUACAAAGCUCAUGGUGCUUUGAUGAUCAUCGCCUGGAUGCUGUUGGCUGGUCUGGCUACUGUCAUCGCCAGGCACUACAAGGACCUGUAUGGAGAACAUAUGUUCUGUGGCACCAAAAUAUGGUUCCAGCUUCAUCGAGCAAUUGCUGUCGGUAUCCUUGCCUUGACUGUCGCCAGUUUCAUCAUCAUCUUUGUCAAAGUAGACAAACUCUCUGAGGGCACGGGAAGAACACACGCCAUCAUUGGGAUCACUGUGGGCGUGGCAGUCUGUCUGCAGGUCCUGGGUGGUUUGCUGAGACCCGGGAUAGACUCGAGUAUCCGCCCUUUCUUCACCUGGGGGCACCGUCUGCUGGGCCAGGGAGCACACAUCCUGUCAGCCGUGAAUUUCAUCCUGGCGUUCAACAUGAACUACAUACCUGAGACAUUGAGACAGUACGGAACCAUUGUCGUGGCUGUAUGGAUCGCUGUGCAGAUAGUCUGGGAGCUGGUCUUUGAGUUCUGGACUUGCAGGAAAAAAGACGUAUCUGGGAGCGGAAACAUUACUGACCCGAAAGGACUAAGUAUUCAAGAAAAGACACGUCAACCGUCGAAGGUGAACGUCAUGAUGCUGGCCUUGUACGUCCUGACGCUUGUCGUCUUCGCCGUGGCCGCCCUCUGUGGAAUAUUCAUAUUAUAACCUUCCCGUCUUAAAGAAGAGUAGUAGUUUUCAUGCCUCACCCGGACAUUAAAUCCAAGGUUGCUAGUGUAGCCCAGUGGAUAGAGCGAUCACUUGUAACCCUGUAGAUCCGUCGUUUGGCUUUACCAUGGGUACAGUGAAGCCAGUUCUGGUGUUCCCCGGCGUAUGUAAAUACUCUGUAAUAUUGAAUAACCCCUCAAUCGCUCACUAUUGCAGUCAAAGUGGACUAAUACAAUACGUUGUGAGAAUUAUUACAAUUAUAAUUUCAAUAGGCUACAAUCGUACGUAUUUAUCAAAUGACAUCGACAAUCAUAUUUGUAGCAUUUCCUUCUGUACUAUACUACAGCGUAUUCUCAGGCAAGUAUAUCAUAUGAUUACAUACAUUAUCUUUUUUCUAUUUUGAUCAGUAAUGAUGAGUUUAAUUUACAUGUCCACAUUGGUAAAACUAAACUGGUGCACGGAAAAUAGGUUUAAUAAAUAUUAUACAAGCAUGA